AUCAGUGCGGUUAUAACUGUUUCUGCUGCCAGUCGUCGUCUCUGCGCACUGUUGUUAUUGUUGUCGUCGUCGUCGUUGUUGUUGUUGUUGCAGCUGCGUGCACAGAAUUUGUGAAAAGAGAAAGUUUGAAUCGCGGCUGACUGAGUCGACUCGACUCGGCUUACACUGACUGCUGCUGCUGCUGCUGCUGCUGCUUACUGUGACAGCAGAACGAAAAAUCCACUCAAUAAAGUAAGACUCAUAAAAUCGAAACUGGGCUAUUGCGGUGAGAAUAUCUACAAUGGCGCCUAAGGAAACGGUUGUGACCAGCAACAACAAUAGCAAGGGCUCUGGCUGUGAGUCGCUGACCAACUCAGCAUCACCAGCGAAGGCAAAUGGACAAGCCAAGUCGUACCGGGAGGUGAAUGCGCUGCCGGGCAAGAAGUCCGUUGUGAUCGCUUAUGUGCUGUGGCUCGUUGGCGGCAUAUUUGGACUGCACCACUUGUAUUUACAUCGAGACCGUCACGCCUUUGUCUGGUGGUGCUCGCUGGGCGGUUACUUGGGCAUUGGCUGGUUCAGCGAGCUGUUUCUCAUACCCGAAUAUGUGCGCGAUGCCAACGAGGAUCCACAGUUUCUGAAAGUGUUUGUCGCCAAGCUACAGGCCUAUCCGCGACCGCCGUACUCGGCCAAGCGUUUUCUGGGUCAAAUCAUGAUUGGAUACCUGUUUGGCCAGUUGUUUAGCUCGGCCAUACCGCAAGCCAUCACUGCGGGGAUUGAUUUUGGUUGGUUACACUGGUGCAUCCCGAUUUUUGUGUCGCUGGGCGUUUGGACCGUGGGCAACAUUGGACGCGAGUCCGGCGUUUUGUGGCAAUGCCUUAUAGGCGCAAUGGUUGCCUACCCGUCACGCUAUUUCAUCUAUGAUGAGACAUACUCGCUGCUCCUGACCUCGCUUGUGUCUGCGUUGGUCUUUGAUACCUUCUCGAAGCAGUGGCGCCGUGCACCGCCGCGCCGACGCGGCCCCACCGAACGCACACUGAAGCUGGGCGCAGCCAUUUGCAUUUAUUUUAGCCUGUGGGGCUCCGUGGUGCUGUUCAACGGCACCAUUCGCGACGACGAUGGUGGCGAAGUGCCCAUACACGAGGCACUGCAAAAUUUUCUCGCUUCCGCCUGGUGGACAGACUUAAAGCAGGCCUUGUACGACACCUAUACAUAUGCGCAGCAUCAUGGCUGGUACGAGACGUGGCGUGAGGUCUUUGAGAGCAUGGAUGUGGAUGGUGAACGUAAUGCCUACAAGGUACUGGGCGUCAGUGCCACCGCCUCGCAGGCAGAUAUUACGGCUGCCUAUCGCAAACUCUCCAAAGAGAACCAUCCCGACAAAGUCAAGGAUGAGGCACUGCGACCCGCUGCCCACCAGCGCUUCAUUGAAAUCCAGCAGGCCUACAGCGUACUCAGCAAGAUCAAAUCCAGUCGUCGUCGCAAGAACAAACAGUUUAAUGCAGAUGAUGCCAUUGAGCUGUAAUUCCAUAAUUGCCUAAUCAAAGUCUAAGUCUGCUACAAAUUUAAGGCAUUUUUUUUCUUCAAUAACAAUAAUGUAUUUACUUUUAAUAUUUAAAUAUAGAAUAAACCAAUCCGCAGAUC